GGCACCGCCAGAGCUGCUGUUGGAAUCCAGUCCAAAUGUUUUCCAUAUUAGUUCAGAGUCUUCUCUGUUUUCAAAUAGCAGCUGAGCUGGGCUUGGCGAGAAGCAGACAGGGAGGGGAGAGGAAGGGGUGUGAGGCAGCCAGCAGACAGACUCGCCCACCCCAAACAGUGUUAGAGAAAAAGUGUUGAAGACAAACAGGCUGAAGGAGGAAGAAUGGGACAAGAGCGGAAAGGUUCCUCGGACAAGAAGGAGGGCAAGAAGAACAGGAGAGAUGAGAGUCCAGCUCCAGAGGAUGGCCAUAAGUGCAGAGCGUGUCGGUUCCCCCUGCUCGUCGCUCUGCUGCAGCUCCUGUUGGGGGUGGCUGUCACAGCCGUGGCCUUCCUCAUAUUGGCCAUCAGCCCCUCGCUUCUGGCCCGGGAGACGCCUCACUGGGCUGGGAUCAUCCUUUGUUUCGUUUCCAUCGUGGGUUUCAUCCUCUACUGUAUCAACUACCAGCCUGAUGAGAGGACUUCUUCUCAGUUCAUUGUCAAGCUCCUGUACUUCAUCCUGUGCACCACUGGACUGGUGAUCUCAGUGCUGGUGGUGGCGUUUGCUGGGUACCAUCACUCACAGACCAGUAACUUCAUCUGCAAGCAGGCUGGAGAUGACUGCGAGUGCGUCCUGGACGAAAACGACCCAAUAGCUCGUACCUUCAUCUACGAGGAGGUCAGUGACUGUGAGGCAAUCACCGGGACGCUUGCUUUGUAUUUCCUGCUCCAGAUCAUGCUUAACCUGGCGCAGGCGUUAGUCUGUGCUGUGGGAGCCUUCAUCAUGUGGAAGCAUCGCUAUCAGGUCUUCUUCUCUGGGCUUCAGAUUGGCUCUCCCUCCUCUCAGCAGUGGCAAAAGGUUUAACAAUGCAACGGUCAAUCAGAUGGACGUCUAUCUCUUUUGCCUUUUAAUAAAAUCUGUGCCUUAGUGUGAUGGUCACAGACGGGUGACAAGUUAAUGGAGAUGUUUAAGACUUAUUAACGCAAGAAAAUGGAUUCUUGACUUGAUUUAACAGCAGCUCAUUCUCCUAAAAUGUAUCAGUUUGUUUAUUUCUGAUGAGUUUGGCGUUAGCGCUCAAAAGGGCUGAAUAUUGUUUAUAGAUUUGACAUCAUGUUCGUCAGACCAGUCAGCGACCCUUCAUGCUGAAACACAAUCAACCUAGAAGAGAACACUCCCAUGCAGGAAUAAACAGUACAUCACAGCAUGAAGAAUGAUUUUAUACAAAACAAACGUUUUUGGCGGUUCUAUUCUCAACAUUUUCAGUGCCUUCCAGAAUAAGUCAUUUAAGGGAUAUGUCACUUUAAGGGCCGUGAUAUUCUUGCUGUUUAAUGACGCAAACGCACAUGGCUGCAACGGGUUACUUGUAUUGAUUUGAAGCGUUGUUUGUGCGCGUUCUCUGAAAUUAACGGAACACUGCAAUAUAUGAGUAACCAGUAGGUGGAGUUAACAAAAUAACAUGGUGACUCCGUCUCUGGUUUAGAGGUAGUCUAGUGCCCCUAGUGGAACACUCUGGUACUACAUGCAGUGCCGUGCAGCAGCAAGUGAACAAAGACACAGCCUGCUUACUGCACCAACGUUUAAACAACAAAUAUAUCACGGCCCUAAGUAAUACAAGCUCCCGCUAGCUACGCCCACCCAUGACCUGCUCAGGUUGCUAUGAGGUGAGAAGCUCUGGUAUCCAGGAGGAGUUCAGAGUAGAGCCGCUGCUUCUCUGGCAGUAACUCUCUAGUUCUAGUGUAAUGUUCCCAUUUGUGAUGUCACAAAUGAGGACUUUUUUAAAUGACCUGUUUUAGACACAUAAUUCCUAAAACCAAGCACUUACAGAAAAAGGAUGGAAGGGUUUCAUCAUGGUAGGAGUUCAUAGAGGCAGUAGACAACUACAUGGCAGCACUGAAGGAUGCAAAAGGUGAGUUUUGCAUAAAAUGCCCCUUUUAAUUAUUCAACCGUCUGCUCAUUUACAUGUUGAGGUUCUUGUAUUACAAUGGCUUUUUGCACAUAUUUUGUAUCCAACUCUGUCAAAAGUGACUAGAUCUAGAUUUAAACAUCUACUCAUCAGCCACUUUAUUAGGCAGCUGUUACAGCCUGGUACCAGAAACCAGUAAAAUUAUUUAAAUCCUUUCUUCUCUUUUGUGAUCUUCAGUUUGAACACCAGGAAGUGGUCUUAACUGUCUAAACGUUUAAAAUAUCCAGCCAUAUGAUUGGCUGAUUAGCUUUUCUUAAUGAGUAAUUGUACAAGUACACUUAAUAAUGUGGCAGGCGUAUUUCCUUUUAGAAAAAGAAAACUUUCUUUUUACUGUUUUUUUUUCAUGUUCAUUGCAACUCUUGUAAGUUGUAAAAUUUAACUUUACCUUUCUAGAAUCUGUUUUUGUUUUAGUGUGAUUUCCUGAUCUAGUUGCUUCCUUUGGCACAACAACUGAUGCAAGCUUAUUUUAUUGUGAAUAUUUGCUUUCAUAUGGCAUGAAUCACCAUUUUCAAGGUUGCAAGUGUCAAAUGAAAUGUAUUAAAUUACACUUCAAGAUUUCAAACAAUAAAAAGUUGCAUUUUUAACUGAA